CCAUCCCUCCCCCCGCUCUCUCUCUCUUGGCGAACUGAGAUGGCGAAGGCCGAGGGAUUCGAGGGUUUGGUCCUCCGCCGCGCCCUCCUCUCGAGGCUACUCAUCCUAACCCUCAUACUUCUCUGGCGUCUCCUUUUCCGCCCGUACGACACCUCCGCCUCCCUGAACCCUAGUUGUCUCUCCGCCGCAGGCGGCCGGUCGCUGUCGGCCGGACCCAUUCUAUGGCCACGGAUCGGGGCGGCUAUCGAGGCUAGCGUUGUCUGGGACGGCGUCUACUUCGUCCGCAUCGCCGAGUGCGGGUACGAGUACGAGCAGACCUACGCCUUCUUCCCUCUCCUACCCCUCUGCAUCUCCCUCCUCUCCCGAUCCGUUUUUGCUCCGUUGGUACCGAUGAUUGGGUCCCGGGCGGUCUUGGCUUUGUCGGGGUAUGUGCUGAAUAAUGUCGCAUUUUUGUUCGCUGCGGUUUAUUUCUACAGACUGUCAGUUUUGAUUUUAAAGGACCCAGCAGCUGCUUUUCGGGCAUCUAUUUUGUUUUGCUUCAAUCCAGCUUCAGUGUUCUACUCAUCAAUAUACACAGAGAGUCUAUAUGCGCUAUUUUCACUUGGAGGACUAUACUACUUAUUUUCUGGUGCAACUACCGUAGCCAUGCUUCUGCUUGCUCUAUCUGGUUCAGCUAGGUCCAACGGAGUGCUUAAUGCUGGUUAUUUCUGUUUUCAGGCGAUGCAACAUGCUUAUGAUGCCAUCAUCCAAAAGAAAAGGCCCAUAUUGGCAGGGCAUGCUGUUAUUGGUGGUGUUGCACGCUCUAUUUGUAUAUUUGUGCCAUUUCUUGCUUUCCAAGCAUAUGGAUAUUCCAACAUCUGUCUAGGUGGCUUUUCUUAUGAGUUGAGGCCUUGGUGUAAGGCAAGAAUCCCAAAUUUGUAUGGUUUUCUCCAAAAUCACUAUUGGGGUGUUGGUUUCUUGCGAUAUUUUCAAGUGAAACAAUUGCCAAACUUUCUUCUUGCAUCUCCAAUAUUAUCUCUAGCAAUUUGCUCAAUUAUUCAUUAUGCAAGCGUGCUGCUUCAAGUUUUUCGAUCAUUAGAUGCACAUGAUCACAACAGUUUUGCUGCUCUGCUGAGUUUGCUUGGAACAAAUGAAAUUUCAGAUGCUGUUGGUGUUUCAAAGAACAAUUUAUCUUCUAAAACUUUCCAAGAACAUACGGUUAGACGUAGGAAACAAGAGAGAAAGAACAAAAGUACCGAGUCUUUCCAACAUCUCAUGGCGACUGACCAUGCUCUGCUUCAAUCAACGCAAGGAUACCCUUCCAUCUUAGUUUUUCCUUUCAUUUUACAUCUGGCAUUCUUGACAUUCACAGCUCUCUUCGUGAUGCACGUGCAGGUCUCAACCCGCUUCUUAUCUGCCAGCCCUCCGAUUUAUUGGUUUGCUUCCUGUAUGCUGGUCUCUCCCAGGAGCACAUCUAGAAGAUGGGGUUACUUCAUCUGGGUUUACUUUAUCACCUUCGUUCUUCUUGGCAGUCUGCUCUUCUCCAACUUCUACCCGUUCACAUGAAAAGCAGGAUCAGUUGUUCUCCUACGAUUAUUCUUUUCUUCCCUUCUCUUUUUUUGUCUGUAUAUUUACUGAGGAAAAAAAAAGGUAAUUUUGGAAGAUAUUUAAUCCAUCUACUCAACUCAGUUCAGUUGUCCCUUUUUUUUUAAAAAAAAAAAUUAUUUCCUUUUUACGGACCAGAGGUAUCUGAUUGUAACUUUGUACGUAAAUUAUCUACUAGUGAAGAUAAUUCAGCUUGGUAUCUGACUUUCUCUGCUCUGUAUUUUCUAGGAUAUGUUCUGCUUUGGAAAAAAAUUGGAGCCAUGAGCUCGUUUUGGAACUCCGGUUAUGAACUGUUCGGUACUGCUGCGUGACCCACAGUUUUGGAACUUGCCAGAUAUAUAGUCAAUAGCAUCUCAUGUUGGAAUAGAAGCAGCCUGCUACUUUUAUAAGGAAAAGUUUUUAGAGCAUCGAACCACAGGAACAUCAAAUGGUGAGCUUGAAUGAACAAUUUAUGAGCUGUGAGUUCAAGGGAGAUUUUGAGAAUCCUUUGUUAGCAACUCGAAACGGUGAUGUGACUGAGACUAUUAUGAGGCUAACGCCUCUGAAGAACUUAUAUAUUUAAUGCUUGAUGGUCUGUUUGGUUGUCAUGAUAUUGUGUCAAUGUAAAAGCUGCUGCUAUCCAUGUGGUCUGAAGUUUUUCUA